AUGCUGGAGGAUGGCUCUCUCCAUAAUUGCUGUGAUUGGGACGGAUCAGGCCGCUCUUUUGGCUGGGAAGAGGCGGAAGCUGGGGACUGGAAGCAGCCCUCCCCGGCCUCUAGGCCCUUUUGGAUAGCUCCGGCACUGUCCAGCGUGCUGAUCAUCAUCACCAUUGUAGAUCUUGUGGGCAACUCACUGGUGAUCUUGUCCGUGUUAAGGAACCGCAAACUCCAGAAUACAGGUAACAUGUUCUUGGUGAAUCUGGCUUUGGCAGACCUGGUGGUUGCCUUGUACCCCUACCCUCUGAUCCUGAUGGCCAUUUUCCACAAUGGCUGGGCCCUGAGUGAGACACACUGCAAAGCCAGUGGAUUUGUGAUGGGUCUCAGCGUCCUUGGGUCCGUCUUCAACAUCACCCCAAUUGCCAUUAAUCGCUACUGCUGCAUCUGCCACAGCCUUGGCUACCAAAAGAUCUACAGGGCUUGGAACACUACCCUCUACAUCUGUCUCAUCUGGGUCUUCACAGUUAUUGCCUUGGUGCCCAAUUUUUUUAUGGGCUCCUUAAAAUAUGACCCCCGCAACUAUUCCUGCACAUUUAUCCAGACAGCCAAUGCCCACUACACCAUUGCCAUGGUGGUGAUCCAUUUCCUUGUCCCUAUCACGAUUGUCACCUAUUGCUACCUGAGGAUUUGGGUGCUGGUGAUUCAAUCCAGAAGAAGGGUCAAGCUGGCGAUAAAGCCCAGGCUGAAACCGAGCGAGGUCUGGAAUUUCCUCACCAUGUUUGUGGUCUUUGUGAUUUUUGCCAUUUGCUGGGCUCCACUGAAUGGUCUUGCUAUAGCCAUUAACCCUUUGGACAUGGCUUCCCGGGUCCCAGAUGGGCUGUUUACCACCAGCUACUUCCUGGCUUAUUUCAAUAGUUACCUGAAUGCCAUUAUAUAUGGUCUUUUCAAUCAGAAUUUUUGGAAGGAAUACAAAAAAAUCCUUUUGGUUCUAUGGAUACCAAGGUACUUCUUUCAGGAUAGUUCCAAGGAUGGGACUAACAGUCAGAGAAACAAGCCUGAUGCUUUACACAUAGAGACAAACAACUUGUAA